GCAGACGUCCCCAAAGCAAUAGCUACUCCCACAAGAAGGAAAUCCCACCUUAAAAAUAGCCCCCACCGCAGGAGUUAUACUUAGUGAAACCAAGAGCCCGUCAUUCUGUCCUUAUUCAUCCUCUGGUUGGCACCGUUUACUGUCAUUCAAGGCAUGGGGCGGGGCUGAACCCCUGUCCAAUCAGAGGUUGAGAACCGUGUAACCCGCCUUAGGGCCAGAGCGGAAAGGGCGGGCUUCCAGGAGCUCCUCGGCCUUUGUCUGAGAGCCCCUGGUUUGGGUCCCUCCCCCGGCUCCGCGUUUCCGCUCUGGAGCCGCCGAGGCUGUGCUGCUGGCUUGACGGUUUUUCCUCUCUGGCCUUGGUUAGUGGCAGAUCCACAGGGGAACGGUUGACAUUUGGAGAUGUGGCCAUUGAUUUCUCUUUAGAAGAAUGGGAAUGCUUGGACCUUGCUGAGCGGAAGUUGUAUGCAGAAGUGAUGCUAGAGAAUUACAGAAACUUGGUCUUCCUUGGUCUAAGUAUCUCUAAACCAAACCUUAUUGCCUUUCUGGAGCAAAGGAAAGAAGCUUGCAUUCUAAAGAGUCAAGGGACAGCAGCCAUUCCUCCAGGUAUGACUUUUCAUCAUACCCAAGGAUUUUCAUCAGAGCCAGAGGGACAUUGUUCCUUUCAGAAAGUGGCAAAUCAAGGAUACAAAAAUUAUGGCCAUAGAAAUUUACAGCUUAGAAAAGAAUGGGAAAGGGUUGAUAAGUGUGAAGGUGAUAAAAUGGAUGAAAAUUUUGCAGAUUGCCCAGACCCUAGUAAACCUCAGUGUCUUCAUUUUCUGCAGAAUAUUUAUAAAUGUGAGAAAUGUGGAGAAGUCUUUGAUCAGUGCUCAAAACUUGCUGUCCAUCCAAGUAUCCAUUUUCAACAGCAGACAACUGAUACUGUAGAUGAACUUUAUAGAUGUAAAGGAUGUGUUAAAGUCUUUACCAAAACUUCAGCCCUUACUCAACACCAGAACACUGACACUGGAGAGAAACUCUACAAUUGUAAAGAUUAUUGCAGAGAUUUUAAUCAAAAUGCACCUUCUACUCAACAUGUGACUAUUGGUAGAGGAAGGAAUCCUUACAAAUGUAAAGUUUGUGGCAGAGCCUUUAAAUUUUGCUCAACUCUUACUCAACACCUGUUAAUUCAUACGGGAGAGAAACCCUACAAGUGUAAAGAAUGUAACAAAGCUUUUAAUCAAAGCUCUAAUCUUAUCAGACAUCAGAAAGUCCAUACUGCAGAGAAACCCUAUGAAUGUAAAGAAUGUGGCAAAGCCUUUAAAUAUCGCUCAACUCUUACUGAACACGAGAGAAUUCAUGCUGGAGAGAAACCCUACAAAUGUACAGAAUGUAGGAAAGCCUUUUAUCAAAACUCAAAUCUUACUAGACACCAAAGAAUUCAUACUGGAGAAAAACCCUACAAAUGUAAUGAAUGUGGCAAAGCAUUUGCUGGAAGUUCAAAUCUUACUUUACAUAAGAGAAGACACACUGGAGAGAAACCUUACAAAUGUAAAGAAUGUAGCCGAGCCUUUCAUCAAAGUUCAGCCUUUACUCAACACCAAAGGACUCAUACUGGAGAGAAACCCUACAAAUGUAAAUACUUUGACAAAGUCUUUGAUAGAAAUUCAGCAGUUACUGAACACCAGAUAAUGCAUACUAGAAAGAAACCUUGCAGUUCAAAAAAUGUGACAGUGCCUUUGAUUGAACCACAUAUCUUAUUCAGAACUGAGUAAUGUGUUGGAGAGAAAUCCUACAAGUGUAAAGAAUGUGGCAUAGAAUUUGAUCAAAGCUUAAUCCUUACUGAACGCUAAAGAAUUUACAGUGAAGAAAAGCCUUAAAAAUGUAUGUAAUGUGACAGCAUUCACCAAGUAUUCAGAUCUUAGAUAACAUCACCAUAUUCAUGUUAGGUAAAGAACUGAUCAAGGUAAAGGUUCUAUAGGGGCAUGUAACAAUUCUUCACAUCUUAAUAUAUAAAAAUUGAUACUGGAAAGAAAACCUACAGAUGUAAAGAUUGUGUCAGAUCAUUGCAGUAAAACAUAAAACCUUUUGUACAUCCCUGUCCAUUAAAUAGCCUCAAUUUUUAAAACUGGGUAAUAAAAGACUAUGAAAUCAGUCAUUGUAUCUGAUAAAACUGUAUUUGAACAAUAAUUAUUAAAGUAUUUUUACAUUGAAUAUGCAGUAAAUUUUUAGUUAUUGUCUUUGAACUUUAAGUGUUUUUUAGUGAAUAAAAGAACGGUUGUAAGUGUUAACAGUGUUGAGUAGUAAAUGAUAUGUUACUCUACCACAGACAUUAAAAUGUUAUAUCUUGUUCAAGUUUUUUGGAAUCAGAUAGUAACAGUAUACUGUUGGGCAAAUAGAAGAGUGACAUUUUUAGUAACCCUUUUCCUAGGAUCAUCGAACUUUUGAUACUUUGUAUACCAGCAUUUCCAUUAGUCAUAGUUUUACUGGUUUCUCUAGUUGUAAUUAUUUGGAAAUUAUGAUGAUUAUUGAAAUUUAAAAAUAAGCCCUUUCUUAAUUGUUAAUUAGUAUUUAUAAAUUUACCUGUGUUUUCACUUAUUACUCCUUUAUGUUGUAAAAUACACACAGACCUUUGUAUUAAUUUACAUUAACUGAAAAGUACACAUAGUAUUUACUAAGAAACUUCAGGAAUAGUUGAAUCGUUUAAUUAUGUCCUGUGUAUGUGUGUGAAGUUAUGUUUGAGUGAAAACCUGAGAGGAAAAGGAAAUUAUUGAACCAAAAGAUACUUUCAAAAGGUGUGAUUAUUUGUUAGUAACCGAAAAAACCACAUAUAAUUAAAAGUUCUAUUUACUCAGGA